CUGCAGCCGUGCCCGGGAGUCAGCGUGGGCCGUGCAGGGAAAGGCUCCCAGCGCGCUACAGAGGAGGUUGAGACUAGGGCCUGCCUGGCAUAAGGUUUCCUAGUGCUUUCCGUUAUAACACCCUGCUGUCGGGUGCUUGUAGCUAUGCCAUUCCAUAGGCACUGGGGCUGAACUUCUCCAGGCUGGUGUCUGCCUGGGGCUGAGUUGUUUUGGGAAAAGGUCAGCCAAGGAGCUCCAGCUGUUUCAGAGAAUGCGGCUAAGGAAAUAUGUUUUCUCUUGCUGCAGUGUUCUCACAACCUUUUCUUUGAGAUGAUCUAGCGCAGUGGUUCCCAAACUGGGGUUCACGACCCCCUGGGGGUUUGCCAGAAAAAUUUCACUAAUGGCAGCCAGAAGACCCCAGGCAUUGGAGGCAGCAGGUGGGACUGGUUGCAGGGCAGACAGUCCGAGCCCCAGGGAGAGCGGGGCAGGGCAGUUAGGGCUGGCAGCCCAAGCCUUGCCCCCAUCAGCAGGGGAGCCAGCCAUCCGAACCCUAGCGCUCCGCGUGGGGCUGGCAGCCCGAGCCCCAGGGAGAGCGGGGCUGGGCAGUUUGGGCUGACAGCCUGAGUCCUGCCCCUGUCAGCGGGGGAGCCGGCCGCCCGAACCCCAGUGCUCUGCCCAGGGCUGGCAGCCCGAGCCCCGGUGGUCAGCAAGACCUGCAGCCCAAGCUCAGUGGAGUUCAGUUGACCAGGGCGGUCAACGGGGUCCAGCAGCAGGAGCCUCACGGAGUGCGGAGGAAAUUUAAACGUAAAUCCCUGGAAAUAUUCAUUUUUAGGAGGGGGUUCACAAGAUUUCACAAUUUAGUGAAAGGGGUUCGUGGGCUGUUAAAGGAGAGGUGAAACUAAGAUUUGCUGGGCAAGGAGACUAAAAGGGGCAUGAGAAGUCUGAGGAGAGGAGACUGAAUGUCUCGGUGAGGCAAAUGGGAGUGGGACAAGAAGCCAUGGGUGAGGAAGAGACAGUACACAUUUAAGGGCCUGGGGCAGAAAGGGUCAAGCUUGAGGAAAAUGGACAGAUGACUCUGUGCCCACUAGAACACACUCCCCUCCAGAGUCUGGAAUGGAACCCCAGAUUCCUGAGUCUCACCAUCCUUCUGCUGUCAGCAAAUAUUACUCCUGGGGGAAUUGUGUGCCACUGCGCACGUGCAGACGUCUUGCUGGAUGCAGAAUUAUUUUUUGUGCAGAAAAUACAUUCUGUGCAAGAAGUGCUGCAGUUCUGCCUCUCACCCACCAGAGGCCACUGUGGUGCCAGAACAGCCCGCUCACUGGCACUAACAGCUAGCAGCAGGCUGCUUUCGUCAGAGCUGCCAGCCUGCUGAUGGAGCCAGGGAAAUGCUUGAACUCUCAAUAUUUGAAUUGAGAAACACACUAACAGAACUUGAAAAAAGACUGGGCAGUGUUGAGGAUGAAGGUAAUGAAUGGAAAACCAGAUAUGAGACACAAGUAGAACUGAACAGACAACUAGAAAGGCAAACUGGUCUUCUUCAAGAAAAGAUGGAACAUAUUCGUGGAAAUCCAACAGAUAGAUUGUCUUCUAUUCGCUCCUUUGAUCAAAUGCCUGUGGGUUCCUUAAAUCAGCUUCUUAAACAACUAGAAGAGGAAAAGAGAAAUCUCCAGAACCAACUGAAGGAUUAUGAGCUUAGACUGGAACAAGAAGCAAAGGCUUACCAUAAGGCUAAUGAUGAACGGCGCAUGUACCUAGCAGAGAUCUCACAGACAUCAGCUACUCUUAAAAUUGCUGAGAGGCAGAAAACAGAUGCAGUGCAGAUCAAGAGGGAAAACCAGAUACUGAGAAGAAGACAUAAUGUUCCAGAAAAUCAAAGGAUUCUGGAUCCAAAAAAAGGACCAAUUAAAAAGACUGCAGGAGUGAAACAACUUCCAAAAUUAAAGCACUGACUUAAUAUUCUUAACAAGAACUUCCAAUCAUUUUUAUUCUUGUUUCUAUAUAUUUAACUAAAUGUUUCUGAAGAAAAAUAUAUGUACCACAUUGAUUUAGGACACAUUCCAAUAACAAUAACUACUAAUGAAGAUCUGUGUGCCUCCUGGCAGCUUCAGAGGCUCCCUAUUCUGAGGGAAAAGUAGCCCUCUAUAAUCCUGUGGAAUAGCUCACCAAGCAGUUCCUGGGUGCCCUCUUAAUGCUAGUGAAGUCUAAGCCUUCCCAGCCUGAUUGCCAUAUGUGAAAACUGAAUCAAGGAAUCAUAGGAAUCAAGUUGGGUGACUGAGGGAAUCACUUAAAUGCCUUAUGCUAGGCAGGUUCUUCCCCACUUUGACUCCACAGCCAGUCAUUGAAAAAAAUUUAAAGUUUCUGGUUUUAGAGCUCUCAACGAGGGAGAAGAAGAGAGGAGUGAUGUGACCUGAAGAGUAAUCCCACUAUCUAUACCAGAAGAAAAGAGUAAUACCCCAUUAGGAAUAGCCACUUAGCACACAAGCUACUGGGGAAACUCCCUUGAUUACUAGAGGGUGGGAAAACAGAUGGUUCUUUCUAGGAAGGCAACCACAAUUUUCAGGCCAGAGAACUUCCCCAGAAUAAUUCCGACAGCAAAACAUCCAA